CCCCGGGAGCGAGACCCGAGCUGAGCACUGCCCGCCCCCGCGGGGCUCGCAGCUUGGGCUCCUUUAAAUUGAGGGCUUUCGGUAGGGUUAAAGAGAAAGGGGCAAGGCAGCGGAGCGGGAAGGUACAGCAAGUGGAUAAGCGAUGUGCACUGCUCUGAGCCCCAAGGCACGUGGGCCUGGCCUCUCUGAUAUGCAUCAGUACAGUCAGUGGCUUGCAAGUAGACAUGAGGCCAACUUGUUGCCGAUGAAAGAGGAUUUGGCCCUGUGGCUCACAAACCUACUGGGUAGAGAAAUAACAGCAGAAACCUUUCUGGAGAAAUUGGAUAAUGGUGCCUUGCUUUGUCGGUUAGCUGAGACCCUACAGGAGAAAUUUAAAGAAAACAGCUUUGAUGCAAACAAGCCUGGCAAAACCUUACCAGUACGGAAGAUUCCAUGCAAAGCCAAUGCUCCUUCAGGGUCCUUUUUUGCACGGGACAACACGGCAAAUUUCUUAUCCUGGUGUAGAGAUGUAGGGGUGGAUGAUACCUGCUUGUUUGAAUCCGAAGGUUUGGUUCUCCACAAGCAACCAAGAGAAGUGUGCCUUUGUUUGCUGGAACUUGGGAGGAUUGCAGCAAGGUUUGGGGUGGAGCCUCCUGGAUUAAUAAAACUGGAAAAAGAAAUUGAGCAAGAGGAAACACUUUCAGCCCCACUUCCAUCUCCUUCACCGUCACCAACAAAGUCUCCAGGGAAAAAGAGCACAGGGAAACUGUUGGACGAUGCUGUUAAACACAUUUCUGAAGAUCCACCUUGUAAAUGCCCUACGAAAUUCUGUGUGGAGCGUCUUUCUCAAGGAAGAUACAGAGUUGGAGAGAAGAUCCUCUUUAUUAGGAUGCUGCACAACAAACAUGUGAUGGUUCGUGUUGGAGGAGGAUGGGAGACUUUUGCAGGUUACUUACUGAAGCAUGACCCGUGCCGAAUGCUGCAGAUCUCCCGAGUGGAUGGGAAAACUUCUCCAAUCCAGAGCAAGUCUCCAACCCUCAGGGACACGAAUCCAGACAAUUACCUGGUGGUUUCUGCCCAUUACAAAACCAAGAAGGAGAUUAAGUGAAAUAAGCUUCUCAUGUGAUUGGGACUCUACGUACGUAGGUCCAAAUUAUUUUCUCAAGUGUAGUAAAUUAGUUUAUGCUUUAAAAGGACUUUGGAAAAUAUAAGGCAGACUGGAAAUGGCAACACAUUUUGAAGAUCUUUGAACUGUAGAACUAUUUAUUUCUAGUACUGUAUCUUUUAUAGCAAAUUACCCUUGAUAGGCUAAUUACUACAGUCAGAUAAGAAAUAGACAUAUAUUUUUAGCCAAAUUAUUACUCUUUUAAUAUGUGAAUGUAUUCUUAGAGUUACAUAAAGGAGCGGAUCCUGUUAAUGGAAGAAAAUACACAAUACAAUAUAUUUGUAUGAAAAUCGUAUUACAUUGAAUCCUUGACUGUUAGACUAGUUGAAAAAUAGAUAUGCAGAUGGAAAAUGAAUAAUUGUGGAAAUUAUUUGGUAAUGCCUCUUGAAAUGAAAGAAAAAUUGGCUAUUUUUUAUGGUUUGCAAGAUUUUCUUAACCAGUAGAAUACAAAGAUUUACUGCAUGCCAAACGACUUCCUGAAGUGAUUACUUUGAAAAUGAAAGCUCAAAAAAACCCCCAACAACCCCACACCCUACUCUUUAAAGCUAAAGACAAUGCUGAAGGUUAGAUCUGUGUGUAGAUCCUUCCUGUUCUUUCCAGGAUUGCCUGAUAGAGAAGCGUGGGGAAGCUGAGAGGUUGCCCCUUCCUCUGGCAGACAGUAGAGGUGUUAGUCAUGCUCACUGGGUGAUGUUCUGCAGCCCCUGAAGGGCAGCAGUGCUGCAGGGAAGAGCUGCAGAAGAUGAUGGUCCCUCUGGAGUCCCAGAUUUGAGCUUUCUUUUCCCCUUAUCUUUAAUGUUGUUGGUCCUGCCAAAUGUGAAAUACUCAUUGACCUGUCAGUGGAGUGAUUCACAUUCUUGUAAAUCAUUUGCACACCUCAGAAAUAGCUAAAAGCAUACAGGGGCUUAGUUCAUUAUUUUGUCUACUUUUCUGUGUUUAUAUUUGGUAAUUUAUGUCCUUGCAUCAUCCUAGAAAAAAUCAUUUUUUAGGAUU